AGCAGCCCACCGCCUCUGCGCGCACUCGCCCCGCGCGUCGCUCUUGGCCCCUUCCGGCCACCGUUGCUCUCUAUAACGCUGCGCCCUGACCCGGAAGAGCAUUCUCCUUAGCAACUGCAGGACCGUGACGGCGCCGGUCUCCCGGGAACUACGCUCGUGACAACUGAGCUGCUCAAGGCGGAAAGAACUCUGAGCUGAGCGGUGGAGGCCACCCUGGAUCUGGAGAGCAGAGGCGACCUUGGAAGCAGUAAUGAGCCGUCCUGACUACAGGCUGAACCUGGGGCCCCCCAGAGGUGUGUCCUCUGUGGUUGGCCCACAUGGUGUUGGUGCUUCGCCAGGUGACAAAAAGUCAAAGAACAAGUCCAUACGAGGGAAGAAAAAGAGCGUAUUUGAAACUUACAUGUCCAAGGAGGAUGUUGCAGAAGGCUUGAAGAGAGGAACCCUUAUCCAGGGUGUAUUGAGAAUUAAUCCAAAGAAGUUUCAUGAAGCCUUCAUUCCUUCCCCGGAUGGUGAUCGAGACAUUUUUAUUGACGGGGUCGUUGCUCGUAAUAGAGCCUUGAAUGGGGAUCUGGUGGUCGUGAAGCUGCUUCCAGAGGAGCAAUGGAAGGUAAUUAAACCCGAGAGUGGUGACAAAGAAACAGAAGGUGCCUAUGAAUCAGACCCCCCCGAGGAGCUGUGUGGAAGCCAUGUCCUGCAGCCGUCCCCGAAAGGCUGUAAUGACAGUCCUGAUGUCAUUAUAGAGGCCCAGUUUGAUGACAGCGAUGCAGAAAAUGGACAUGGCAGCACACAAAAUGUUCUGGUUGAUGGUGUUAAGAAACUCUCAGUUUGUGUUCAUGAAAAAGGGAAAGAGGAUGUUGGUGCCCCAGUUACAAAAGAUGAGAGCACCUCCGUGGCACAGGACAUAAGAGCUUUACCAGAGAAGUCGCUGCAAAGAUCAGCAAAGGUGGUUUACAUCGUGGAGAAAAAGCAUUCCCGAGCAGCAAUGGGCUUCCUCAAACUCCUGGCUGAUAAGAACAGCGAACUGUUCCGGAAAUAUGCCCUGUUUUCGCCCUCGGACCACCGAGUACCUAGGAUAUACGUGCCUCUCAAGGACUGUCCCCAGGACUUUGUGACACGGCCUAAAGAUUACGCCAGCACCCUGUUCAUCUGCCGCAUCGUGGACUGGAAGGAGGACAGCAGCUUUGCCCUGGGGCAGCUGGCUAAGAGUCUUGGGCAGGCUGGUGAAAUUGAGCCUGAAACAGAAGGAAUACUAACAGAGUAUGGUGUGGAUUUCUCGGACUUCUCUUCAGAAGUUCUAGAAUGUCUUCCUCAAGGCUUGCCCUGGACAAUACCACCAGAGGAAUUCAGCAAGAGAAGAGAUUUAAGAAAAGACUGUGUCUUCACCAUUGACCCGUCAACUGCCCGAGACCUCGAUGACGCGCUCUCCUGCAAGCCAGUCGCUGAUGGUAUCUUCGAAGUGGGAGUUCACAUUGCCGACGUCAGUUACUUUGUUCCUGAGGGAUCCGAAUUGGAUAAAGUGGCUGCUGAGAGAGCAACAAGUGUCUACUUGGUUCAGAAGGUGGUCCCCAUGCUUCCCAGGCUGCUGUGUGAGGAGCUGUGCAGCCUCAAUCCCAUGACCGACAAACUGACCUUCUCCGUGAUCUGGAUGCUGACUCCAGAGGGCAAGAUCCUCAGUGAGUGGUUUGGCCGGACCAUCAUCCACUCCUGCACCAAGCUGAGCUACGACCAUGCCCAGAGCAUGAUUGAAAGCCCGACCAGGACAGUCCCCGAGACCGAGCUGCCCCCCAUUGCCCCGGAGCACACCAGUGACGAGGUACACCAGGCUGUCUUGAAUCUCCACAGAAUUGCUCAGGAGUUACGCAAACAGCGGUUUUUGGAUGGCGCACUGCGUUUGGAUCAGCUAAAGCUUGCUUUCACUCUGGACCACGAGACUGGAUUGCCUCAAGGAUGUCACAUCUACGAGUACCGCGACAGCAACAAGCUGGUGGAGGAGUUCAUGCUCUUGGCCAACAUGGCAGUGGCCCACAAGAUCCACCGGGCCUUCCCCGAGCGGGCCCUGCUGCGUCGGCACCCCCCACCCCAAGCCAGGAUGCUCAGUGACCUGGAGGAGUUCUGUGACCAGAUGGGGCUGCCCAUAGACGUCAGCUCCGCCAGCGCCAUCAAUAAAAGUCUGACCAAACUGUUUGGAGAUGACAAGUAUUCACUGGCCCGGAAGGAGGUGCUCACCAACAUGUGCUCUCGGCCCAUGCAGAUGGCGCUGUACUUCUGCUCGGGGGUGCUGCAGGACCAGGCGCAGUUCCGGCACUACGCCCUCAACGUGCCGCUCUACACGCACUUCACCUCUCCCAUCCGCCGCUUCGCGGACGUCAUGGUGCACCGUCUCCUGGCUGCCGCGCUGGGCUACAGGGAGCUGCCAGACGUGGCGCCCAGUGUCCUGCAGAAGCGGGCCGACCACUGCAAUGACCGCCGCAUGGCGUCCAAGCGCGUACAGGAGCUCAGCACCAGCCUCUUCUUUGCCGUCAUGGUCAAGGAGAGUGGUCCCCUGGAGUCCGAAGCCAUGGUGCUGGGCGUCCUGAGCCAAGCCUUCGACGUGCUGGUGCUGCGCUAUGGGGUGCAGAAGCGCAUCUACUGCAAUGCCCUGCCCCUGCGGUCCCACCACUUCCAGAAGGUGGGCAAGAAGCCAGAGCUCACGCUUGUCUGGGAGCCUGAGGACAUGGAGCAGGAGCCAGUGCAGCAGGUCAUCACCAUCUUCAGCCUGGUGGAGGUGCUGCUGCGGGCAGAGGAUGCAGCCCUCAAGUACAGUGCCAUCCUGAAGCAGCCGGGUACCGAGGGCCUCCUGGGCCCGCAGGACGGGGCGUGUGACAAGGACACCGAGCAGGACUGAGGCCACCAGCCGGCCCCACCCACCCACCCGCCCCACCUGCUGGCUUUUAGGACUGGGACCUUUGGCACCAAAGGGGAUUUUUAAUUUGGUUUUUAAAAACUCAGGGUUUUGUUUUAUUUUUUCAUUAUAUUUUAUUAUUUGCAGCUCAGUUUUUAAACAAACUGGAGGGCAGACGGUGGGGCUGGAUGGACGGCUGAGGCCUGGCCAGUAUUUACCAGAACAGAAUGGUAUCCGGUCCUCCCAGGAGUCCAGCCCCCCUUCUGCCAGGCCACCCACUGCCUUCCCCUGCCCAGGAAACUCGGGGACGGGGAGACGUUCAGCAAAUCAGUGUCAUGGAAUGAAAUCAAGUGCGUCUGCCGUGGGCGGCACCUUUGGGAGGCCGCGGGGGCAGCCCGCCCCAUGGGCCCCAGACGAGGGACCUGGCUCAGGCUCCACCCCUUAGAGCUGAGCUGGGGUCACCACCCUCUGGAACCUUCCUGUCAGUUCCAGGAUGAUUCACAGAGCUGGCCGCAUGGCAGAUUGAUGCCAGCACCUUUUUCUGGCUGAUUAGAAAUGUAAUUAGUAUGCAAGACGGCAAGCUUACCCAUCACCCUACCGCUUGUGGCUGUGUCCCUCCCUUCCCCCACCAUUUCCUCUUUGCCUGCCAGCUGCACUUGGCUCAGGAGGGGGGACCUGGGUCCUGUGACACCCCCUCCCCCUGUUCCUGGGCCAGAGCUCUGAGUGGCCUGUCCACCCCAUGGUUCAUGCUGGUGCCUCAGCACCUUCAGCCCCAAUCCUGCCCCUGGGCAGCACCGAGGGAACAUGGACAGUGAGGCGUGGGCCUGCUGGAGGUGGGAAGGGCCCUCCAACUGGUCUUCCUGACCAGGGACAGGAAAAUGGGCUCCUGGUGGCCCAGCCUGGCGCAGUCACCUAUCUGGCAUUCUGACAUCCACUGAUACCACCAGUGUCAGAGACGCAGGGACCGAGGUGGGCCACUGGGCAGUGUGCUCUCUCCAGUGGGUCUGACUUAUGCUCCUUCCCUGCCGAACCAGGAAAUCACAGGUUUCCCCAAAAGCUGCUGGAAACGAAGUCCAUGGUGGCCACGGGCCCGUUCCCACCAUGUUGGUCCCCCCGUGUCGAUAUUGACGAGCUCGACUGGUCUGGUUAUAGUGAGCUUCCUUCAAAGAAAAGUUCAAUGCAGCACCUUGUGAAGGGCCUUCGGUGUCUGGAGUAGUGACGGCAUGGCUGCUUUUGUCUGCCACUGGCAGGCGUGGCUCGUCCACCCAGCACUGAGCUGGGGGCCCCAGCGGAGCAGAGGACCCCUCGUACCUGCCCCCAGUUCCUUUCUCUCUUCUUAACACCUCAGCCUUUAAAUCUGUCCCAGGGACCACCAUCCCUUUUCAGCUCCUGUCCCCAGAGCCUUUGCCUAGAUCCAAGUAUCUGGAAGGGAAGAGAAGUGAGCAUCUGGUGGUUUGGUAUUUGGAUGAGGAGAUUUCGGGUGCUUCCCUGGCCUGGGUAGCCAGACAACCCAAGAGUGAGACAUCACAACCCUGUCCCUGUCCCCUCAGUUGCCCCACCCUCUGAGGAGGAGCAGCCGUCUUCUCUGGUGCUGUCCCCAGGACCUCCCACAGAGCCUGGGAGCUGAGGGCAGAGCAGCGCCCCUCAGGGAGGCCGUGGGUGAGUGCUGGUCUCCUUGGUGGGCAGCGUGGACCCAGACCAGACGUCCCUCCUUUCUGCCCCAGCAAGGACUAGCCAGCUCAGUCAGCAAGGAGGAGCUUUGCUGCCUGGAUUUGCUUGGGAGGCAGAGGCCGGCCUACCCCAGAGGCUCCCUGCAGCUGUGGGGGCCAUCGCAGCCCCACCUCAUUGACAGGGAUGAGAAUUGAACUGCAUCCAGAAAUGAGGCAGGUCCCUGGCCAAGGUGUCACAGCCCAGCAUGUCCCACCCACUGCAGCCGCGUCUUCCAUCUUCAUCCGCUCGUUCAGCCAUUGUUGAUGCCGUCCAUCUGCAGGGCAUUGGUGGGACACAUGUCCAUGGGUCCAGUGGGAAGGACAGCCCCUUCUGUGGCCCCACACUAAGAGGACUUAAUAAAAGCGGUGAUGAACCAAAACCUCGUCAAA